AUGGGGAAAAGUAAGGAGUUGGUGUUGGUGCUAGUGUUGGCGGCGUUGGUGAGUGGCUCUGCCUCUGCAGCAUCGGAAUCGAGAAGGGUGAUAGAGUCGGAAGGAGAUGUCUAUAGACGCAAUCUUCUCGCCAACGGCCUCGGCAACACUCCUCCCAUGGGGUGGAAUAGUUGGAAUCAUUUCAACUGCAUAAUUGACGAGAAAAUCAUCAGGGAAACUGCUGAUGCUGUGGUUUCAACUGGUCUUGCCAAGCUUGGCUAUGAGUACAUAAAUAUAGAUGAUUGUUGGGCUGAGAUAUCUCGUGAUGACAAGGGUAAUCUAGUUCCCAAGAAGUCAACAUUUCCAUCGGGCAUUAAAGCUUUGGCAGACUAUGUACACAGCAAGGGGCUGAAGCUAGGAAUCUACUCAGAUGCAGGGUAUUUUACGUGUUCUAAAAAAAUGCCUGGUUCACUUGGUCAUGAAGAACAUGAUGCGAAAACUUUUGCUUCGUGGGGUAUUGAUUAUUUGAAGUAUGAUAACUGCAACAAUGGUGGUUCAAAGCCAACUGUUCGGUAUCCUGUAAUGACCAGAGCUUUGAUGAAUGCGGGUCGACCAAUUUUCUUUUCUCUUUGUGAAUGGGGCGAUUUACAUCCAGCUCUGUGGGGUGCUAAGUUAGGAAAUAGUUGGAGAACUACUAAUGACAUUGCUGAUACAUGGGACAGCAUGGUUUCUAGAGCUGACAUGAAUGAAGUUUAUGCUGAUUAUGCAAAGCCUGGUGGUUGGAAUGAUCCAGACAUGCUUGAAGUAGGAAAUGGUGGAAUGACAAAAAAUGAAUACAUUGUUCAUUUUAGCAUUUGGGCCAUUUCUAAGGCUCCCCUACUCAUCGGAUGUGAUGUGCGAAAUAUGACCAAGGAAACCAUGGAGAUAAUUGGCAAUAAGGAGGUCAUCGACGUAAACCAGGAUCCACUUGGUGUUCAAGCGAAAAAGGUUAGGAUGGAAGGAGAUAUAGAGAUUUGGGCUGGACCCCUUUCAGACUAUAAGACUGCAGUCCUCCUACUUAACAGAGGCUCAUCUUCUCGUUAUCCAAUUACUGCCCUUUGGGAAGACAUAGGCAUCCCUCCAAAGACUGUUGUAGAGGCCAGAGAUCUUUGGGAGCAUAAGACAUUGAUUACGCAAUUUGUGGGAAACAUUACAGCCACCGUAGAUCCCCAUGCGAGCAAGAUGUAUGUGUUGACACCAGUUGCUUAGAGUUACUUGGAACGCCAAUGAUAGAUCACUCCCCAAGUUCUUCCCUUAGUUACCUGAUCCAACGAAAGUAGAAAGAAGAAGAGU